AUGACCAGACACUUAUUUGCACCAGUCUUGCCUCGUGUCUUCUCCCUCAUCCUUGUCGUCUUCUGCAACAUCGUCUUGGCUUUCGGCGCUAUGGUCGUUGAAGGUGGUGUUGAUGACGAUGUUGGGGUGACAUUUGUCCUCUCAUUCUCGGAACUUUGCAGAUUCCAGACCGAGUUGACAUCCUUCAAUCAUGUCUUAUCAACUGGUCGAGCAGACGAACAGAAGGCAUGCAUUCUUUCGUUUGCAGCCCUUUGCAAGCGCACACACUGCACAAGCGAACAUUCCUACACAAGCAUUCACACAAUUUCACCUUCUUACGCCAUGAUUAUCAGAAACUAG